UUAAAAAUAAAAACAGCGCAGCCGGCUUUUCUUUUCCUCCGCUCCUUAUCCUUCCUCCCGGUCCGGUUGGGUUCGGCUCGGCUCGGUUCGGUUAGGUGGUCGUCUCCUCGGUGUGGUUCGGAGACAUGGCGAAUGUAGCGGACACCAAACUCUAUGACAUCCUCGGAGUUUCUCCUUCGGCUACCGAGAACGAGCUGAAAAAGGCGUAUCGCAAACUGGCGAAAGAAUAUCAUCCUGAUAAGAAUCCCAACGCAGGAGACAAGUUUAAGGAGAUCAGCUUUGCGUACGAGGUGUUGACUAACCCUGAGAAGAAGGAGCUGUACGACCGGUAUGGAGAGCAGGGUCUGCGUGAGGGAGGAGGAGGAGGAGCCGGGAUGGAGGACAUUUUCUCCCACAUCUUCGGCGGAGGUCUGUUUGGGUUCAUGGGAGGUCAGAGCAGCAGGAACCGAAACGGGGGACGGCGGAGGGGAGAGGACAUGGUGCAUCCGCUCAAGGUGUCUUUAGAAGAUCUUUACAACGGCAAAACCACCAAACUCCAGCUGAGCAAGAACGUCCUGUGUAGCGCCUGCAAUGGUCAGGGCGGGAAGACGGGCGCGGUGCAGAAGUGUACUGCGUGCAGAGGCAGAGGGAUGAGGAUCAUGAUCAGACAGCUGGCUCCUGGCAUGGUCCAACAAAUGCAGACGGUGUGUAACGACUGCAGCGGAGAAGGGGAGGUGAUCAGCGAGAGAGACCGGUGCAAACAGUGCGAGGGCCGUAAGGUGUGUAAGGAGGUGAAGACGUUGGAGGUGCACGUGGAUAAGGGGAUGAGACACGGGCAGAAGAUCACGUUCACCGGAGAAGCGGAUCAGUCUCCCAACACUGAGCCUGGAGAUAUCAUACUGGUGCUGCAGGAGAAGGAGCACGAGGAGUUCCGCAGAGACGGUAAUGACCUGCACAUGAGCCAGACGAUCGGCCUGGUGGAGGCGCUGUGCGGCUUCCAGCUCACACUCACACACCUCGACGGGCGACACCUCCUCAUCAAAUACCCUGCUGGAAAGGUCAUCGAGCCAGGUGCCGUGAGGGUGGUGCGCGGAGAGGGAAUGCCGCAGUACAGGAACCCGUUUGAGAAAGGAGAUCUCUACAUCAAGUUUGACGUUCGGUUCCCGGAUAACGGCUGGCUCAGUACCGAGAAACUAACGGAACUGGAGUAUCUGUUACCGUCGCGUGAAGAGGACGCCGUCAUCACGGCGGACACGGAGGAGGUCGACCUGCAGGAGUUCGACAUGAGUCAGGGGUCAUCUGGAGGUCAGCGGCGUGAGGCGUAUAACGACAGCUCGGAUGAGGAGGGCGGUCCACACGGGCCGGGGGUGCAGUGCGCCCACCAGUAACGUCUCUCUCUCUCUCUCUCUCUCUCACACACACACACACACUCUCACACACACACACACACACACACACACACACACACGGUCACAGUGUAUCACACCUGGAAUAAAACCUUCGACUCCUCUCCUCCAACCCAGACCUGCCAGCCUUUUAACGUGUUUAAAACUACGCUGCUACGAGAUUUCGCUCAAAAAUACGCAGUCGUCUUUUUCCUCACAGAAAAAAACGACAGAUCGAGAUGCGAAUCCGGAAUGAUUGACAGUUGCGUAGAUGUUUCGAACUCCGAUAUUAACGCUGCAGUCGACUUACCUCCGAAGUAGGGACUCAGAAUUACGUCGCUUUUGAUCUCUGUGCGUUUGAGCUACGAACGUGGAUGGACGCCUUUUGUGUUUGUCUUUUGUUAGCAACAAGCUAGCUAGCUAACCGUAACACGUGAUGUAUAUUUUCCUCCUCGGAGUCAGUGUUAUAGAUUUAACAAGCGAAUAUAUCUGUAUGUUGAUUGCUCUAAAGUAAACAUUUUGUGCUGCUGUGUUCAUCGCUGAUGCUGUGAGCGGCCAUUUUGAUUUGACGUGAGUCUGGGAGACCGCCCCGCGUUCCCGACAAGGAAUUCCUCAGGAAUUGAGAGGAUGUUUUACCUAGUCGGAGGUCGGAAAUUUUGAGUUACGAUCUUUAGUCCAAUGCAGCGUAAGUGACCCGCUGGAAGCCCCGCCCCCUUCCACCCAUCCCACUCUCAUCUCGCUGCGAUUUUCCCGCUUGUAUGAUGCGGCGUCCUCGCUUUCUGUCAAAUGGAGAAUGUGAAAAAUUUAAUGUUUCCUUGAACGUUCAUCGUGAAGGAAACUGGAGAGUGUGUGUAUAUACGGGGGUUUUUAUGGUAACCACCAGGCGUUUGGGGGAAAAAAAGCUGCCACUCGUCUGUUGUAGCAAAGAUGGCGGCAUUAGAAAUGUUACAUACACACUUACGAAGAUGUUACGUACAGUAAUCGAUAAGAAAGUAUCCAUGUUGACUUUUCUAUUAGCUAAACUUUAGCUAAUACAGACGAGUGGCAGCGUUUCCCCCCCCAAGCACCUUGUGAUUACCGUAAAACCCUGUGAAUACACACAACACACUCCAGUUUGUACCUUGUGUGAAAGGACGAUGUGAAGCGUUUCCAUGGGGAUGGCAGGUCUGUAAUUUCUCAUACCCCUCGCCCCGUCUCGUCUCGUCUCAUCUCAUCCCUCCGUCCUGUAAACCGCUGAAUGCACACUAAAUAACUCCUUCAUAUCAGCUAAGACUGGAAUGCUAAACUAGAACCUCCACCUCGCAUUCGAAAAACACACGUUUUAAAUGAAUAACAAGAAGCAAAGAAGAAAAAAACAAAAAAAUAUACACAGAAUGGGUUGUUUUUAAUUCAUUACCACCGACAUUACCAUUGUAGACUUUUAUAUACUGUAUACAUCACUGAAUAUUUAAACUUGAAAAGCAAUUGUGUAUAGGAUUUAAGUUAUAAUCACACACACACACACACACACUUCUGAAACAGUAUCAGAAUGGAGACAUUGGAGGACAAAAAGUUCAAUAAAACAUUUACGUGUCUAAUACA